ACGGAAGGCUAGGCCGGGCCAGAGGCUGUCGUAGCUUCAACCAGUCAGCCCAGAUCUGUCUGGGGCCCACCGGAGCCAGGCGGGGCCUGGGGCUAAGAGGAAGCAAGACCGUGGUGGGGAAGAUGCGGCCUGUGCUGUGGACGCUUUGUGCAGUCUGGGUAACUGUCAAUGCCAUCUCUGUGGAAACCCCAACGGGUGUUCUUCGGGCUGCCCGGGGAAAGAGUGUUACCCUUCCGUGCACCUACCUCACUUCUGCCACUGACCGAGAUGGGUUUAUCCAAUGGGACAAGCUUCUAAGGACUCAUACGGAAAGGGUGCUCAUUUGGAAGUUUUUGACCAAAACCUACAUCUAUGGUGAGCUUUAUGAGAACCGUGUCCAUGUAUCGGGCAACGCUGAGCAGUCAGACGCCUCCAUCACCAUUAAUCAGCUGACCAUGGACGACAAUGGCACGUACGAGUGCUCAGUCUCUCUGCUGUCAGACCUGGCUGGCACUUCCAAGUCCCGUGUCCGCCUCUUGGUCCUUGUGCCCCCCUCCAUACCAGACUGCGGCAUUGAGGGAGAGACCGUGAUUGGGAACGACAUCCAGCUGACCUGCCAAUCAAAGGAGGGCUCCCCGGCCCCUCAGUACAGCUGGAAGCGCUACAGCGUCCUGAACCAGGAGCAGCCAGCCCCAGCAGGUAAGGGACAGACCUUGUCUCUGAAGAACAUCUCCACAGACAUGUCGGGUUACUACAUCUGUACCUCCAGCAAUGAGAUGGGGUCGCAGUCCUGCAACAUCACCCUGGCAGUCAGACCUCCCUCCAUGAACGUGGCCCUGUACGCGGGCAUCGCGGGGGGCGUGGCGGCGGCCCUCAUCCUCAUCGGCAUCCUCGCCUACUGCUGCUGCUGCCGGGCCAAGGGCGAGGCCCAGGACGCCGAGGACAACAGGCCGAAUCGCGAGGCCUACCGGGAGCCGUCAGAGCAGAUGGCCGAGCUCUCCAGGGGGCAGGAGGCGGAGGACGACUACGAAGACCAGAGGAGCGACUACGAAGACCAGAGGAGCGACGGGCGCCAGUCCCCCGAGCGCGCUGACCCGUGA